AUGACUCGGGUCAAUGACGCGAUGGGAAGUGAUGAUGGAGCUCGGUGGUGGAAGGACAAGGCGAGCGGCAGGUGGGAACCAAUUGCAAGAUCCAAAAGGACCUUCAGCAUCGAGGAGGCGAUGGCAGUCUAUAGCUUCAAGGACAGGCGUUUCUUCCUGGCCAAGAAGUCCCCAGGACAGGUGGUUUUCCGGAGGCUGUCCGCGCAGGAAAGGCAGCACUUCGAGAAGGCCCGACACAAGGAGAUCAAGGCUCUGCUCGACAGUGGUGCCAUCUCCAUUCUUUCUCUGGACGAGAGUCACAAGUUUCGUGAACUUCAUGGAGAUCACAUCCUGGAGUCUAAGUUCGUGGACCGGUGGAAGCCCACGGAGGAAUUCACGGCACUGGCGGAGGACUUUGACCCCUCCGACUACGUAGAAGGAUCCCAUGCUACAUGCCAUCGAAAGAAGCGCUCCGACUCCGCUUUCCACCUCAGUGAACCUUUCUCUCCAAGUGGCGGCAUCUCGGAAGUGGACGGUAUGUUCCCGGGAUGCCAAGAAGGCCAAUUGAUACUUCUCCACACGGAAGUCUACGGCCUUUGCAGUGGACCUAGCUGGUGGCGGAGGACGCUGAUUGACUACCUGCUUCGGUUCUUGGGUUACAAGCUUAAUCCGUACGACAAGUGCGUGCUGACACUUCCCGACGAGCCGAAGCCCCUGUCCUCCGACGACGGCGAGACCGCAAGCACGAAGGCGACGCGGACGUCAUCGACUACGGCGACUACCCGAACCUCGACUUCCUGCACGACUUCUCGGACAGCAAGAACAGUGGAGUCAGUGGGUCAAGAGCAUGCAACAGGCAAGACUCGGGGUUUCAUCGUCAUUCAGGUCGAUGACCUCCUGGAAGCGGGAGAUGGGGAACAUCGCAGACGAAUGCAGCUCCUGGAGGAACGCUUCAAGUUCGGGAAGGUCGUUCGACUUUUGGAUGUCGAGAAUGGCACGGGCUACUCCGGCAAGCGCAUCGUGCAGUACUCCGACUUCAGCUUUGGUUACACAAUGAAUGACUACGUCCUUCACAGGAUCAAAGCUGUCAACGUGCAGAGGAGAGUACUGAAAAGGGAUGCUGCAACCGUGCUGUUGAAUGAAGCGGAAGUGACGCAAUACAGGGCUGCCCUCGCCGCCCUGAACUGGGUUUCGCGUGAAGGCAGGCCAGACUGCGCAGCUGCCGCAUCAAUACUAGCCUCACGGUUCCCCUCGCCGACAAUUGAGGACCUCUACGAGCUCAAUGAGGUCCUGGGCCAGCUUAAGAACCAUGCCGUGACCCUCGUCAUCCAUGCGAUUCCUGAAAGCCAGGUACGGCAUUUCAUUAUAUCGGACUCCUCGCACGACCCAUCAGGUCGAGUCAAACCACAACACGGAUGGCUCCAAGGUAUCACAACCCCAGGGUUCAAUCGUGGAGAUAAAAGUCCUGUGAGCAUCAUGUCGUGGCGCUCACGAAAGCUACGGCGCAAGGCCGGCAAUACACUACUAUGCGAAAGCAUUGCCCUUUCCACGGCCUUGGGUGCUCUCGAAAGGCAAGUUGCUAUGUGGAGAAGCCUGAUUUCGGCAUCUUUCACGGCACGCGAGAUCACUGUCGAGGACACGGAGGAGGCCGAGAUGAGAGGCCAAGCUUCGGCGGUUGCCAGUGAAUGCAACGCCUAUGUGGAUCCGAACGCAGUGGCAGUGGUAGAUGCCAAGAGCCUCUACGAUGGAGUUCACAGUGAGCAGGCACAGGGCGAGGAUGACCGAUCGGCUCUCGAAAUGGCUGUGAUUCAGGAGUCACUGAAGGCGCUCAAAGGGCGUAUCAGGUGGGUUCCUCACAAUAAAAACCCGGCCGACGGGCUUACAAAGCUAGUCGGGGCACACAUGGUUCCCCUCUUGGAGUUGAUUUCCAGCAACUCCUUUACUCUCGAAGAGGAGCAGGGGAUACUAGAGUCUGGGAAGCAGUCCAGUUUGCGGAUGAAAUCCAAGAUAUAA